CGCCAUCGAGACUGAGGGCAGGAGCCUCGGCCCUGCGAUUAUUGUACCCUAGGUGCUCGAUGGGAGGAGGGUUUGCUGGGUGAACUGGUUCAGACUCCUUGAAAAAUCGUCGUCACUCUUUCUUCCUCGCGGACGUCCUGCCCAUCGCUCUGAGCCGGCGCCCCAAGUAGAGCCAGAGUAGUUCGUACCCAGCCUUUCCACGUAACUUGGCUGAGGUGGUUCUUCUCCGAACUUUUUCCAUCAGGCCCAGAUUAGCAGAUUUUGGGGUCAGCUGGCAGAGGCGUUAACUUUUCUUUGCACACUCUUGCCUUGUGCGCUCAACCGCAGUCUGAAAAGGAGUGUUCUCGCAGAGGUGUUCCUUGAGUAGCCCGAGGCCACACUGCUCACCUCCCUGCAGAAGUCAAAGCCCCAGCGAAUCCCGAGGCCAGUCUGGUUACCUUUUCCCCUUCCCCCUUUAUUCCAGGCCGUCCAGCAUCAAACACUAGCCUCCACACGUGGAAAAGACCCUGACUCCCACAGUAGACUAGUCUUAUGGGAGACCUGGCUCUUGGGCCAGGCUGCAUUAGGAAAAUGGAAACCAGACUAUCUUCAAAUUCUUCUGCCUAGCCUUAGCCGUUAGAGAGAGGUUCUGCUAAAGAUGGACUGCAAAUGCGCUUGAUGGAAGGAGAUGUCAAUUCCACUUAAGUCCUCAUUUCUGCUAUCCUGAUGGCUGACUCAGAAGCACUCCCUUCCCUUGCUGGGGACCCAGUGGCUGUGGAAGCCUUGCUCCGGGCUGUGUUUGGAGUUGUUGUGGAUGAGGCCAUUCAGAAAGGAACCAGUGUCUCCCAGAAGGUCUGUGAGUGGAAGGAGCCUGAGGAGCUGAAGCAGCUGCUGGAUUUGGAGCUGCGGAGCCAGGGCGAGUCGCAGGAACAGAUCCUGGAGCGGUGUCGGGCUGUGAUUCGCUACAGUGUCAAGACUGGUCACCCUCGGUUCUUCAACCAGCUGUUCUCAGGGUUGGAUCCCCAUGCUCUGGCCGGGCGCAUUAUCACUGAGAGCCUCAACACCAGCCAGUACACAUAUGAAAUCGCCCCCGUGUUUGUGCUCAUGGAAGAGGAGGUGCUGAGGAAACUGCGGGCCCUGGUGGGCUGGAGCUCUGGGGACGGAAUCUUCUGCCCUGGUGGCUCCAUCUCCAACAUGUAUGCUGUAAAUCUGGCCCGCUAUCAGCGCUACCCGGAUUGCAAGCAGAGGGGCCUCCGCACACUGCCGCCCCUGGCCCUAUUCACGUCGAAGGAGUGUCACUACUCCAUCCAGAAGGGAGCUGCGUUUCUGGGACUUGGCACUGACAGUGUCCGAGUGGUCAAGGCUGAUGAGAGAGGGAAAAUGGUCCCUGAGGAUCUGGAGAGGCAGAUUGGUAUGGCCGAGGCUGAGGGUGCUGUGCCAUUCCUGGUCAGUGCCACCUCUGGCACCACUGUGCUAGGGGCCUUUGACCCCCUGGAGGCAAUUGCUGAUGUGUGCCAGCGUCAUGGGCUAUGGCUGCAUGUGGAUGCUGCCUGGGGUGGGAGCGUCCUGCUGUCACAGACACACAGGCAUCUCCUGGAUGGAAUCCAGAGGGCUGACUCUGUGGCCUGGAAUCCUCACAAGCUCCUCGCAGCAGGCCUGCAAUGCUCUGCACUUCUUCUCCAGGAUACCUCGAACCUGCUCAAACGCUGCCAUGGGUCCCAGGCCAGCUACCUUUUCCAGCAGGACAAGUUCUACGAUGUGGCUCUGGACACGGGAGACAAGGUGGUGCAGUGUGGCCGCCGUGUGGACUGUCUGAAGCUGUGGCUAAUGUGGAAGGCACAGGGCGAUCAAGGGCUGGAGCGGCGCAUCGACCAGGCCUUUGUCCUUGCCCGGUACCUGGUGGAGGAAAUGAAGAAGCGGGAAGGGUUUGAGCUAGUCAUGGAGCCUGAGUUUGUCAAUGUGUGUUUCUGGUUCGUACCCCUCACCCUGCGAGGGAAGCAGGAGAGUCCAGAUUACCACGAAAGGCUGUCGAAGGUGGCCCCCGUGCUCAAGGAGCGCAUGGUGAAGGAGGGCUCUAUGAUGAUUGGCUACCAGCCGCACGGGACCCGGGGCAACUUCUUCCGUGUGGUUGUGGCCAACUCUGCACUGACCUGUGCUGAUAUGGACUUCCUCCUCGACGAGCUGGAGCGGCUAGGCCAGGACCUGUGAGCCUUCUCUGUCUUGCUGCCGGCCUUGAUGCCACCCCUCACCCGCAGAGUCACUGCAUUCCCUCCCAGCCUUUGAGGCAGGGCGCAGUGGCUCACACCUGUAAUCCCAGCACUCUGGGAGGCCGAGGCGGGUGGAUCACUUGAGGUCAGGAGUUCGAGACCAACCUGGCCAAUAAGGUGAAACCCUGUCUCUACUAAAGAUACAAAAAUUAGCCGAGCAUGGUGGCCCACACCUGUAAUCCCAGCUACUCGGGAGGUUGGGGCAGAAUUGCUUGAACCCAGGGGGCAGAGGUUCCAGUGAGCCGAGAUUGCACCCCUGCACUCCAGGCUGGCUGACAGUAUGAGACUCUGUUCCAAAAAAAAAAAAAAAAAAAAAAAAGAACAGCCUUUCUAGGCCACAGUGACCUGCACAAUGUUUAUAUGCUUUGACCUACUAACUCUUUCUCCUAACUAAAUAUUUGAUUUUAGGAGAGUGUUUAAAUAAAUUACAGUAUGUCUAUAUGAUGGAAUGUUAUUUUGCCAUUAAAAUUAUGUUUACAAAGAUAAUUUUUAUUGACAUAAAAAUAACUUUAAUGUAAUUUAUGUUGAAAAAGCUGAAUACAAGUCUUUAUAUACAGUAAUAUCUGAGCUAUGUUAAAAAAUACAUAGGAAAAGAGUGAUAAAAUGAAAUAUGGCAAAAUGUUAAUAGUUUUCCCUGGAAUAGGAUAAUAGGCAAUUUUAAAACAGACUCCUUUAAAAAAACAAAAAAAGAAAAAAACAUAGACUCCUUUAUAUCUUUUGAGCUCCCUCCCUUUUAUUAUGUAAUGAAUAUGCGUUGCUUUUGUAAUAGGAAAAUAAUAAAGUUAAAAUUUCAACUGCA